AUGGGCUCUCCUUCACGCCAUCGUCGUUCUCCAAGAAGGUCUAUAUCACCAUUCGAACGAAACGAAAGAUAUAGACGCUAUUCUCGCUCUCGCUCACCACCCAGAAGACGCAACCAUCGUUCUCGUUCUCGUUCUUAUUCUCGCUCUCGUUCGCCACCAAGGCGUAGACGAUCUCGCUCACCACCACCAUCUCGCCGUCGUGAAAACAACACCAGAGACGAUCGUAGACAACAUAAUACCGAGAGGGGAGGCAAGAAAUUUGAAUGGGGACGACCUGAGGAUAAUAUGAGAGUGGAAGAAGAGCCUGUAGAGAAGGUCGAACCCAAUUUCGGCUUGUCUGGUAAAUUAGCUGCAGAGACAAACACUGUGAAAGGUGUCGAAUUGAAGUACAAUGAGCCUCCUGAGGCUGCUAAACCUACGACUAAAUGGAGAUUGUAUGUAUUUAAAGGUGAUGAACAAGUUGAUUUAUUACACAUUCAUAGACAAAGCUCCUACUUAAUCGGCCGUGAUCGUGUGGUUGUUGACAUCCCAGUUGAUCAUCCUUCAUGCUCAAAGCAACAUGCUGUGUUACAGUACAGAAUAGUCACCGAGGAAGGUGCGAAUGGUAAGCCUGUCAAGGUGGUAAAGCCCUUCAUUAUUGAUUUGGAAGCUACCAAUGGCACAUUUUUAAAUAACGAGCAAAUUCCAGCAACUCGUUUCGUUGAAUUGAAAGCAAAAGACGUGUUGAAAUUUGGCAGUAGCACCAGAGAAUAUGUUCUUUUGCACGCAGAAUAA